AUGUCUAACCCUACAUCUACAAAAAAUAUUAAUAUUUUAUUCCUCGAUGCCUCGAUUAAAGUCAAUAUCUUUAAAUUUAUCUAUUCUCCGUUCAACUUGGCUUUAAGCUGCAAAGCAUGGUCGAACAUUGCAAAUGAUCCAUAUGCUAAAACCGAGUGGUUAUUACAACAAUUCGGAAGAGCCCAUGCGUUUUUUCACGGCAUAAGGUUGGGACCGACUUUUAUAAAUAAGAACGUAUGUCAAAGUUUGUUCGCAAAAAGAGCCAUCUUCUCAAGAUAUUUUGUUCAAAGACUUCUCAUGCAUUAUGGAAAAUUUGAUUUAACUUUAAUUGAUCUUAGGAUCGAAAAUAAUGUUAAUCAAUCCGGUGCUGGCUUGGAACGACAAAAAUAUUUAAACCCAUGGGCAAGCAAUUUGCCAUUAGAAGUAUUUCUUCAUUUACUUAAAGAAGGAAAAGAUCAAUUUGGAAAUCAAUUUCAUGAAAAGGGGAAUGACAUGGAAUUGUUUCACUUUCUUUCAGCAGGUCCUCAUGUAAUUAAGUAUGCACCUGAUGUAUUGGAAAAGAACCUUGAAACGAUAGAAGAUCUAAUUUUAUAUAAAAGAUUCGUCCCCUUCCCACCCAGACCAAAAACAUUGCAAAGCGGUAAUGAAGAAUAUCCACCUAAGGAUGGAUAUGAAAACAACAGGCAACUUAACGUUAUGGCGAGAGCUAUACUUCUUAGACCAGAAUUAACGGAAUUAUGGAAGAAGGUAGGAUACGUAGAUAUUUGUAGCGAUAUUAAUGAACCUGUCUUAGAAGGGGCAAUGCUCAUACUUUUUCCGCCAUCUCCACCAACUGGAUGGAUUCGUCCGCCUGUUGAAAAGGUAGUAAUGCGUCUUAACGAACUUAUAGAGUUAGGAUUUGAAUUAAGCGACAAUGUCGUUAUAAACAUCCUUCAAACAUUUGAACAUAGAUUAGGCGACAUUGGAGAAAUAAUUUGGAAUGCAAUUACUACAAUUAGAACUGGAGAAAAUAGAUUUUCUUUUUUUUGGGGGCUCUUUCAGGAGGCUUUUGAGCCCAUGAGGUGUUAUAAAAAAUUAAUUAUCUUAAAUUUUCUAAAGUCUCGAUCUGAGGAGCAUGAAUUAAUCGUUAAACAAAUUGUUGAACAACGUUUUAACAACGAAAAUGUAAAUAAUUUAGAAUUUAGGACAAGGAGGAGAUCCCUUAUCUUCUCAGCCAAAAUAUAUGAGUUCAUCUUAAACACAUAUGGAAUUGGAUCAGAAUUAGCCUUGAUGUGCUUCAAAGAAAUUUUUUUUUUAAAAAUUUAUCAUGAUGACCCACUAAAUGCAUCAUCUACUCAAUCCACAACUGAACUCAAUGCUAUAUAUGAUUUUUAUAUGCAAAGAUUAAAUACUUACCAAAAAACAUAG